GCUCCCUCGAGGUGGCUGUUCAAUUGCUCAACGCCGAGCUCUGUUCUUUUCCAUCCAUCCAUUCAUCUAUCUCCCCUCACCGUCUUUUUUCCCCCCUCUUCCCGGCACGGCUACUGACUCCCGUGGAAACUCGCCAAGAUGGGUAGUUUCCGACUCCUCGAGCUUGUCCGCCCGUUCAUGAGCAUCCUCCCAGAGGUUACUGCUCCUGAGCGCAAGGUUACGUUCCAGCACAAGGUCCUGUGGACCGCUACCACGCUCCUCAUCUUCCUCGUGUGCGCCCAGGUGCCGCUGUACGGCAUCAUGUCGAGCGACUCGGCCGACCCGCUUUACUGGAUGCGUGUCAUCAUGGCGAGCAACCGCGGCACGCUCAUGGAGCUGGGUGUCACCCCCGUGGUCACUUCGGGCAUGAUCAUGCAGCUUCUCGCCGGUGCGCAGCUCAUCGAGGUCGACUACAACCUCAAGGACGACCGCGCGCUGUUCAGCGCGGCUCAGAAGCUCUUCGCCCUCAUUAUUGCCCUCGGCCAGGCUACCGUCUACGUGCUUACCGGGCUGUACGGUGCGCCGUCCAGCCUCGGCGCGGGUGUCUGCCUCCUUCUCAUUCUUCAGCUUGUCGCUGCUUCGCUCAUUGUUCUUCUCCUUGACGAGCUCCUUACCAAGGGCUACGGCCUCGGCUCGGGUAUCUCCCUUUUCAUCGCGACCAACACUUGCGAGUCGAUCAUCUGGAAGUGCUUCAGCCCCAACACGGUCAACACUGGGCGCGGGCCUGAGUUUGAGGGCGCCAUUGUCGCCCUCUUCCACCUCGUCUUCACGAUGAACAACAAGACCCGCGCUCUUAAGGAGGCCUUCUACCGCGAGCGCCUCCCGAACAUGAUGAACGUUAUCUCGACCGUCCUCGUCUUCGCGGCCGUCAUCUACCUCCAGGGCUUCCGCGUCGAGAUCCCUAUCAAGAGCUCGAAGAUGCGCGGCCAGCGUGGCACUUACCCCGUCAAGCUCUUCUACACUUCGAACAUGCCCAUUAUGCUCGAGUCGGCGCUCACCUCGAACGUCUUUUUGGUCUCGCGUAUGCUCUUCGACCGUUUCCCCAACAACCUUUUCGUGCGCCUCCUUGGUGUCUGGGAGCCCGUUGAGGAGAGCACACAGCUCGAGGCUAUCUCCGGUAUCUCAUACUUUAUGUCGGCGCCUCACUCGCUCAAGGCCGCCCUCACCGACCCCUUCCACACUGUUGUUUACCUCACUUUCAUUGUCACUGCCUGUGCCAUGUUCUCCAAGACGUGGAUCGAGGUCUCUGGCUCUGGCCCGCGUGACGUCGCCAAGCAGCUCAAGGACCAGAGCAUGACGCUCGCCGGCCACCGCGACGCCUCGAUUUACAAGGAGCUCAAGCGCGUUAUUCCCACUGCCGCCGCCUUUGGAGGAGCCGUUCUCGGCCUCCUCUCGUUUGGUGCGGACAUGCUCGGCGCCCUCGGCUCGGGCACUGGUAUCCUCAUGGCCGUUACCAUCAUCUACGGCUACUUUGAGCUUGGCGUAAAAGAGAACGCUGGCCUUGACGCGGCCGGUCUCCAGGACAUGCGUGAGUGGUUGUGAUGAAGUCUGACGCUGACAUAAGUUUUCUAAGCAUGUUCGCUUGCCAGCUCGCCCAGCGCUCAGCACGCAACACCCAUCACCCCGGAGCUGGCUCGGCCAGCCCACCACUCCAAUACCACCAACCAUCACUAAACACAACCACCGUAGGAAGCAAGAGAGAGGAAGAAGCGAUUGCAGAACACUGCAGAGUGGAGGGCGCGAGAAGGGAGGCGGAGUUAGGAGCCAAAAGUCUGGCCGCAGAUUGGCCGACUCGCAUCUAUCCUAUUCUUGUAAUAUCCAUGCAGCGUGUGGCAUCAA